GAAGUAUUUUAUGUAUUUGUUUUCCUUGCGUGGCUAGGCGACUGUUUUUGGAGGAUCUGGACGUAACAGAGCGACCAACAGGAGCUGUCCCAAUGCAGCUGCAUCCCAGAUUUCUCUCUCGAACGUUCCUCGUGGAACAAACUUGAGUUUGGAAUUUCCCAGUGGAACCAUUAUAUCCCAGAUUUCUCUCUCGAACCUUCCUCAUGGAACCAACUUGACCUUGGAAUUUCCCAGUGGAACCUCUGCAUCCCAGGUGGCCCCUGAUGGGACGGAAUCUGGAGGAGGCCUCUCAGGCUGCGGGUUCCGGCAGUGAGCAGCAGGGGGCGGCAGCGCACCGCAUCGCGCCGCUCCGGUCUCUGCAGCGGCUGAGACACAAACCCCGCCCGUCUAUCAGCCUCCCGCUCCUCCGGAUCAAACACACCUACAGCUCAGAGACCGGCAGAGGACAGUCCAGUUUGAUCUUCAGGAUGAAGUCUCUGCAGAUUUUUCUCCUGCUGAGUCUCUUCAUGCUUUCAGCUCAGCAGCUGGACGAACCCGUCACCUACGCAUGUACGGAGGGCUACGAGUUCAACCUGGAGGAGCAGGAAUGUAAAGACAUCAACGAGUGCGAGACGCUGCCAGACGCCUGUAAAGGAGGGAUGGGUUGCAUCAACCACUACGGUGGAUACUUCUGUCUGCCGCUGAACGCCCAGAUCAUCAUCAGCAACAGCGAGGAGGCCCCCCCCACCGUGACCCGCCCCCCCCCUCCUCCACACUUCAUCCCCAUCCCUGCAGUGCCCAGCCACCGUGGCAACUACCAGAUCACCAGACUCCAGGCCGGGCAGACCUUCUACACGUGUCCAAUCGGAUUCACCGCAGACGAGUUCAACUUCUGCAGAGACCUGGACGAAUGCCUGCAGUCGUCCUAUAUCUGUCAGUGGAGGUGUGUGAACCAGCCCGGCUCCUACAGUUGUGUCUGUCCUGAAGGAUACCAGGUGCAGGGAACACGCAUGUGUCAAGACAUUAACGAGUGUGAAACAGGACCAAACUGCCACGAGGACCAGGUGUGCUGGAACUAUUUCGGAGGUUACCGCUGCUAUCCCAGAAACCCCUGCCAGGAGCCCUACGUCCAGAACGGGGAGGGUCGCUGCAGCUGUCAGUCUCUGAGCGCGUGCAGAGGACUUCCUCCCACCAUCGUCUACAAGUACAUGAGCAUCACGUCGGAGCGUUCGGUGCCGGCGGACAUCUUCCAGAUCCAGGCCACCAGCGUCUUCCCCAACAUGCACAACACCUUCCGGAUCAAAGCCGGCAAUGAGGAGGGACAGUUCUUCCUCAGGCGAUCCAGUAACGUGAGCGCCAUGCUGGUGAUGACGCGCCCUCUGAUUGGUCCCAGAGAGCACGUCCUGGACCUGGAGAUGGUGACGCAGAACUCCGGCCUCAGCUAUCGAUCCAGCUCUCUGCUCCGCCUCACUAUCAUCGUUGGCCCGUACGCCUUCUAGAAACUUCCACAGUUUCACAGGAAUCUGUUUCCAGGACACUUUCCAGGCCUUGAACAUGUUUCUUCCAGUGGCUCCGUUAGUUUGAGUUCGUCUUUGCUGUGAAACCUGGACUCUUCCAGGAAAGUGCUUCAAGAUUUAAACAUCUGCAGUGAACCAUUUUAACAUUUAGUCCUUCAACCCUUCUACUCACUAAUUAGAAGCUACUAUUGUUUAUGUUUAUUGUGGCAGCGCCCUCUAGUGUCCAUACAGCACAAAACAUGACUAAGACGUCACGUAUUAUAAGUAACCAGAAGGUUGUACUCCGGUGGCGGUGGGAUAGCAAGUCAGCCGUGUUUCUCCUGAGACCGGCGUUCAGUUCCCGUCUUCAACAGGUUAAGUAGCAUUAGGUACGUUAGCUAGCUAGCUAUAUUAGCGUAAAGGCGUUGACCUUCACAGGUAGGGGUGUUAUUUCAGGAAACGCUAAUAUGAGUCGUAUUUGGAGGUUCGUUAAAACGACUUAAGUUGUCAUUUAGGUUGGAGGACUUCGUCCAUUAGUUACUAGUAGCUAUUCCUGUUUUACUAGAAACAACUGAUUAGAUACUAGUACUCAAUUUUCCCGUUCCAAAAGACAGUAGUAACAUUUUCAUUGUUUUGGGUUACUAAUCAUUCAUUAAUGACAGCCUGUUGAUGAACAUUUUAACUCUUACUAGUAACUAAUGGAAUCGUUACCAGUAAGAGUUAAAUAGGUAACAUCUAAACUGCAGAGCCUGAAAGAUUUCAAUAGGAAACAUGUGCACUUAGUUACUAAUAAAAUGGGAAUAGAAAUAAGUUCUAGUAGCUUUUAAAUAGCGAGAUUUAAAGAAUAAAUGUUAAACAGUUUGCCGUAAACAUCUGACUUCAAACAUUUAGACCACGUUUCCACGUCCUCAUCACAGGGCGUCCAAUACCAGCGUUUUCAAAAAAAGUGACAAAACGUAGUUAUUUGACGCUCAUAGAGACGCUCUGGGACGGACCGGAAGUGCUAGUUAGCUAGCACUAGUUUAGUUAGUAUCUAAACCUAUGUCACUGACUUUAUGCGUGUCGACCGGCUAAUCUGCGCUCACGGCCGAUGUGCUAACGUAGCGUAAAAUCCUCACGCUUUGUCACGCUGUCUGAAAGCUUCAGUUAUGACGCAUUGAGAUGAGAAUGUGAUGGUCAUCUACAGGGUCUGGGAUCAGAUACAGUCCAGAUGAGGUUCAGGACUACGUCUAUGCUGGUCUUUGGUUUCUGGGCUCACUGUAACUCCGGGCCGGUCCUCCUGCAGACCUGCUGAAGCUGUUUAAGAAAUGAUUUAAUUAAGAAAUCUGAAAUGAUGACGAGUCAGAAAAGCAUUGCAGAUAUCGUUCACGUAAAUCAAGUCAGAGAGCUGCUCUGUUAUAUAACCGGAGCAUCAGGACGGCGUCCAGCCAGGUGUCUGCAGGGACGUUACAUCACUUCCUGUCUUCUUCUUCUUGUCUGCUGGAGGCUUCAGUCAGGAAACAUCAGCAUGUUGGACUGGAUGUUCUUCGUCAUGUCAUUAAAGAGAAACAGCAUGAAAGAAGCAGCUGCGUGACCUCUGAACCUGUUUCACUUUGGUCUCUGCGCUGAAUGUGUUUUUAUUAAAUAAACCAGAAUCUCACGUCCGAUUCCUGA